CCCUUUCUACCCUUCGCCAGCGACAAGCCCCCCCCCCUUUCCCAAAAGAUGAUCCAAGCUCCCCGCACAUGUGCGCGAGAGGAACUUGGUUCGGUGAGGCUCUGACUUAGUUCUCUGCUCUCGCCCAUAUCCAGAGCUAUGAGGACCGACUUAUUGCCAAUCUAUGGCACCCUCGUUUCCCCUUACAUCUUUUGGCCUCCUCCUCCUUAGACUUCGCCGGAGAAUAAUGACUUAGCUUGGACCUGGACCUUACUAUGAGAGAGAACUCUUGCCACGAUAAUUGCGAAAAUGACGAAACAGUGGGAUGUAUAUGAAGCUACGAUUAAGGAUCUCUACGCCGACAACACGCUGUCCGUCGUGCGGCAGAUCAUGAUCGAUCAGUACGGGUUCAGAGCCUCUGUUAGAGCGUACAGGGGCCGUCUGAUCCGCUGGGGCGUCCGCAAGUACAACUGUCGGAAGCGCGCCUCGCCGAGCGUGAGCAACAGCAGCGCCGACGAGGGGAGUAGUUUCACGAGUGGCUCGGACACAGCCUCUCCGAUUAUGGCUGCUGCUGCUACUACUGCCAUCGGCGAUGCGAGGGCGAUACUCCCUCGCGUUAUGAUGAAACAAGGAGACGCGGACGGCCGCCUCGCCAUGCCGGUACGCAUGAACCAGCAGUACGGCCAGAGCCGCCAACACCAAGUCUUUGGUACUGACAAUUCCUUCGACUCUAAGCCUAGGGUCUUCCUCUCAGCUCCGCAACACGACGGCAGCAGCAGCGACGAUAUCCAGUAUGGGUGGGACACGACCCUCCUCAAGAAGGAGCCCGACUCGGCAGGUCUCGACGACUUCGCCAGCAACCAGCAAGGCGAGGCCCUCGCGCCGCCGCCGUCGUACUUUAACGGCCUUACCGCGUCGAUGAUGCAUUCGUCCGGGAACGGGAAUAACAAACCUCCCUAUAGCACCGGAUACGGAGGUUCGACGCCCAUCCAACACCGACAUCACCAGAGCACGGGCAGCAGUAGCUUAAACUACUACAACUCAUUACCACCGCAGCAGCAACGAGUUCGCAGUGGCGUUAUUCCCAUAAACCAGGUCCCACCGGAUAUGUCGUUUACAGCGCAGACGAGAGGGUACAACCAUGGCCCAUGAUGGACGGGUAAGUAGGCAGCAGCAGCAACAGCACAUCUAGUACCAAUGUAGUACAGACGGGACACUGUCUAUCUAUCUAUCUAUCUAUCUGUAUACACAGACGAUGACUUCAAGGGUCAAGAACUCCAACGAGCUGGUAACUAGGACCGUGCAAACAAAUAUCCUAGU